UAUCCACGUCGUUGCCCACCCCAGCGCGGUGCCGUCGUCAUAACCAGAGCCACCUCACGUCAGCCUUGGCGUGGCGACCGCAACAGGAGACGCUGAUACAGUCUGGGAGCAACAACGUCAAGCCCGUGCCGCCGCCGCCAGCCCCGGCUCAUCUAUCGCACGUCGUCGCCCCAACCCGCCAUAUCCUCCACGACAUCGUCGCCAGCCACACGAUUCUCGACGCUAUGGCUUCCUCGGGCCGUAGCAGCGUGCUGCUAGUCGGCGCCGUUGCCGUUGCCCUCCUGCCCUACCUCACCAUGGCCUACGCGAACUCGAGCUUCUCGACCGCCGACAUGCUUCGGGCCCAGCUGGCGCUCAUGGACGAUCGCCCCGACGACUGCCCACCAUGCUUCAACUGCCUUUUGCCGGCCCAUACCUGCGCCCAAUACGCCGACUGCAACGAAUACAACGGCAAAUGCCACUGCCCUGACGGAUUCGGCGGCGAUGACUGCCUGGAACCACUGUGCGGCUCUCUUGGCCGUGGCAAGGAUCGGCCCAUGCGCUCUGGCAGCGUUUGUGAGUGUGACCAAGGCUGGACCGGCAUCAACUGCAACGUAUGCACCGAGAACAAGGCGUGCGACGCGCUCAUGGAAACGGGCGCCGGCGGUGUUUGCUACCGCAAUGGCGAGGUUGUCAACUAUAACCAUCAAAUCUGCGACGUCACGAACAAGCAGAUCACCGGACUGCUAGGCGAGCAGCGCCCGGAAGUCACCUUUACCUGCAAAAAGGAAGAGGCCACCUGCGACUUUCAAUUCUGGGUCGACGCCGUUGAGUCCUUCUAUUGCCACCUCACCGAUUGUGAGUCUGGCGCCGACUUUAGCGAAACCAGGAACAAAACCUCGUACAAGUGUGAACACAUCAGCUGCAGCUGCAUUCCAGGCCGCAUGCUUUGUGGCAAGGAUGGCUCGAUCGACCUCUCCGACUUCCUCGACCAGGCCAUUCAGGGCCCCGGUGGCUUCUCGUGCGCUCAGCAGGGCGGCGGCGCUCAUAACUGCGCCUUUACCGAACCCGAGAUGGACAAGCUGAUUCAUGAUCUCAUUGGCGAUUCUAGCAUUUUACUAAACUGCCGAGCUGGCGAAUGCCUUUAUGAGACGGAAGUCCCGGGCUACAAGCGUCCUGUUAAGCAAAUCAACACGCCACUUAUAGCCGGCGUGAUUGCAGGCUGUGCCCUCUUUGUCGUUGCCGUGAUCGUCCUGACAUGGAUUCUGUCGCGUCGCAAGCUCAAGUAUGGCGCCAUUCGCUUGGAGGAUUCAGAUGAUGAGAGCACGAAGCUCAUGGCCGAUCACAAGCCCGCUGCCUUGUACUUUUCCAACGUUUUCUACUCGCUCAACGGCAAGAGUAUUCUCUCCGGCAUAAGUGGAAUAUGUCACCCGGGCGAGGUUACCGCCAUCAUGGGAGCAUCUGGUGCGGGAAAGACUAGCCUCCUUGAUAUCCUGGCGCGAAAAAACAAGCGUGGUCAGGUCAGCGGCGACUUUUAUGUCAACGGCGAGAAAGUUGUCAAUUCGGAGUACAAGAAAGUGGUGGGUUUCGUGGACCAAGAGGACACCAUGCUCCCCACGCUCACGGUCCACGAGACUAUUCUCAACAGCGCUUUGCUGCGACUGCCCCGUGACAUGGGUCGCGCAGCAAAGGAGCAAAGGGUCUUGGAGGUGGAAAAGGAACUUGGGAUUCACCAUAUUCGCGACUCGCUCAUUGGCUCCGAAGAAGGCAAAGGCCGCGGUAUCUCCGGCGGCGAGAAGCGUCGCGUCAGCAUAGCUUGUGAGCUCGUCACUAGUCCGUCCAUACUGUUUCUGGAUGAACCGACGAGCGGCCUCGACGCAUACAACGCAUACAAUGUCGUUGAGUGUCUUGUUACCCUGGCCAAAAGCUACAACAGGACCGUCAUCUUCACCAUUCAUCAGCCACGAUCCAACAUUGUUGCGCUUUUUGACAGACUGUUGCUGCUGGCGCAAGGCAAAAGUGUCUUUUCAGGUCCUUUUUCGCAUUGCCAGGCCUUUUUCGACUCGAUAGGCUACGAGUGUCCUCCGGGGUUUAACAUUGCUGACUACCUGGUCGAUCUUACCAUGCAUGCGGGCAGCAGCACUUCCGUUGACGAUGGCACUGUUGCCGCCGAUGUGUCCAGCCUGGGCCCCAGUAGCACCAGAGCUGUGAAGUCAAUAGCGAGCAUUUCCGGGGAGGACAGCAGCGCGGAUCCUUCACAGUCACCAAGGCCAAAAAACCUCCGUCGGGACUCUGUUCGCGCGCGUCAGGAGCGAGAGCUUUAUACCAGAAGAAGGCAUACAGUGGACACAGCAGCUUCAUCAGACGCCGGUGGUGAGGACGCCUUGACCUACAGAUUGCAGACCAACAUGCCCAACACAAGCCAGUCCGGGUUUCAAGAGGACACUCACGACCUGCCACCGUCCGCCGCGACUGGCACAGACCUCGAUUUGAUGACGCAGGCUUUUAGCCGCUCUAAUAUUGCCUCUGUUAUGCUCUCCGAGAUUCAUCAAGCCAUCUUAGCUGCAGGGGAGGCAAACGGCGGCAACUCGAAUGGCUGCGACGCUGGUGGCCCCAUCGCCCCGAGCAGCAAUGCCAUGGGAAGAGGUUAUGCCCGGGUCGGCUAUCUGCGACAAUUCCUGAUCCUUUCUCAGAGGACAUGGAAGAAUCUGUACAGGAAUCCGAUGCUGAUGCUGACGCACUACGCCAUUGCCAUCAUACUAGCAGUUUUUUCUGGAUAUCUGUUUUACGGACUUACGGACGACAUUCCAGGCUUUCAGAAUCGCCUUGGCCUCUUCUUCUUCCUCCUUGCGCUCUUUGGGUUCAGCACACUCACCAGUCUGAAUGUAUUCGCUACCGAGCGCCUGCUCUUCGUGCGGGAGCGCGCAAAUGGCUACUACUCCCCGGCGACAUAUUUCGCAGCCAAGGUUCUGUUCGACAUCAUUCCGUUGCGAAUUGUCCCGCCCAUUCUUAUGGGGUCCAUCGUGUACCCCAUGACUGGACUGGUCCCAGAUUCGGGCCACUUCUUCAAGUUUAUCCUGGUGUUAGUUCUUUUCAACCUCGCCGCCGCCGCGAUCUGCCUGUUCAUCGGCAUCGUAUGCAAGGAUGGCAGCGUCGCCAACCUCGUAGGCAGCCUAGUCAUGCUUUUCAGUCUGCUCUUUGCCGGCUUUCUCCUGAACCACGAUGCCACGCCGGCUGGCGCACUCUGGCUACAAACGCUAUCAAUUUUCCAUUACGGAUUUGAGUCGCUCAUAGUCAACGAGGUGGUUGAACUGACACUGGUGGACAAGAAGUACGGGCUGGAUAUCACCGUCCCAGGCGCGGCCAUUCUCAGUUCAUUUGGUUUCAACAAUAGUGCGCUUUGGACAGACGUUCGGAAUCUGGGUAUUUUCGCAGCUGCCUUCGUCCUUUUGGCUUAUGCAGCAAUGCAUGUCCUUCUCGUUGAGAAGCGAUGAAUUCAGCAGUGGAGAAUAUCGAGGUUUCACAGCUGUAUGGCGGAUUGCUGCUAUGUAUAAGAUGAACAAGAAUAGACUCAGAUUGCGUCA